AUGGAGGUGUCGGAUUACGAGAAAGGUACGAGAACAGCUCCCAUUCACCUGGAGAACAGAGAGGUCAAAGGUGAAAAGGAUGCUGGGAAAGAUGUCAAAGCGGCCAAGGAGGACGUCGCCAAGGGCAACGGGAAACCGGCGCCCGAGAGACCUCGCUUCAUGUUUAACAUCGCAGACGGAGGAUUCACAGAGCUCCACACUCUCUGGCAGAACGAGGAGAGGGCUGCCAUCUCUUCGGGGAAGAUGAACGAGAUCUGGCACCGCCGACACGACUUCUGGCUGCUGGCGGGAAUCGUCAUCCACGGCUACGCCCGGUGGCAGGACAUCCAGAACGACCCCCAGUUCGCCAUCGUCAACGAGCCCUUUAAGUCGCAGGCGAAUAAAGGCAACUUCCUGGAGAUGAAGAACAAGUUCCUGGCUCGACGGUUUAAGCUGUUGGAGCAGGCGUUGGUGAUCGAGGAGCAGCUUCGGCGGGCGGCAUACCUGAACAUGACCCAGGACCCCAGCCACCCAGCCAUGGCCCUCAAUGCCCGCUUCGCCGAGGUCGAGUGUCUGGCCGAGUCGCACCAGCACCUUAGCAAGGAGUCGCUGGCUGGCAACAAACCGGCCAAUGCCGUCCUGCACAAAGUUCUCAACCAGCUGGAAGAGCUGCUGAGUGACAUGAAGGCCGACGUCACCCGGCUACCGGCCACGCUGUCCCGAGUCCCGCCCAUCGCCGCCCGCCUGCAGAUGUCCGAGCGGAGCAUCCUGAGCCGCCUGGCAAGCAAGGGCACGGAGACGCACCCCGCCCCGCCCAUCCCUCCGGGACCCUACGCCACCCCCCAGAACUAUGGAGCACCUUUCACUCCCGCCCCCCCCCAGCGCCCUACACCUGGGAGGGGCCAACUACAGUCAGAUGCCCCCCGGAUCCUUCAUAUCAGAUUAUACCAUUUCUACAGCAUGCACCAUGAGACUAUUCUGGACAUGCACAGACGUACUGGUCGAACGUUGGUAAUGAUUGACAUGGCAUAUUGA